UUGUUGGUUAGCCUCGUGAUUUCAGGGGUUUUGAUCAAAAAAAUUGAUUGGAAAAAGAUGAAAUCGUAUAACGAUUUGAAUUUCUUCUUCAUCUAUCACUCUCGUUUCAACUGGUAUGUUUCUUGAAUGCUAUACAAAAAUAAAGGCCUCCCGCUUUUGUGCUUGCUCUUUUUCACUAUUUUCAUUGAGAAUCCGCAUUAAAGGUCAUGGAAUGCAAUAGAGAUGAGGCUAUCAGGGCAAAAACCAUUGCAGAGAAGAAAUUGGCAGAAAAAGAUUUUGCUGGUGCAAAGAAAUUUACUUUGAAAGCUCAAUCCCUAUAUCCUGAGCUCGAUGGUAUAUCUCAGAUAUUGAUCGCUCUUAACGUGUAUAUCUCCUCGGAGAACAAGGUAAAUGGGGAGUCAGAUUGGUAUGGGGUACUUGACGUAAAACCCUCUGAUGAUGAAGAAACAAUCAGGAAACAGUACAGGAAGUUGGCACUCAUGCUCCAUCCCGACAAGAACAAAUCAGUGGGUGCAGAUGGUGCGUUUAAGAUACUUUCGGAGGCAUGGAGUUUGUUGUCUGAUAAGGCUAAAAGAUCGGUGUAUGACCAGAGGAGGAACUCGAGAGGAUUUCAUCAAAAGGUUAAGCUUUCACCUCAAAGUGGGCGUCCGUCAACAUCCCCAUCCCCUGGUGUCAAUGGAGUUUACAGAGCAACUUCAAAGCCGAAUAACUGGAAUAGUGGCACCACUACUCGGUCAGGGCCAGGGUCAGUUCCACAUCGAGCUCCUCCUCCUCAUCCGCCACCACCACCGCCUCCGCCUACGGUGGUUCAUGACUAUGCGUGUGAUACAUUUUGGACUGUUUGCCGGAUAUGCAAGAUGCAUUACGAAUAUAUGAAGGUGUACGUGAACCGUACCCUUCUUUGUCCCAAUUGUCAGAAGCCUUUUCAUGCUGUGGAGAUGGCACCACCGAUCAAUUUUCCAAAGGCAGGCCAGUCUCCUCAGUCAUGCGGUGCUGAGAAUUCGAAGAACGGAAGCAGUGCAGGUGGUGCUUCAGCUUCAAGAACACAGGUGGAUAUAAAAGCUGGAAAGGAGAGGAAGAAGAAAGAAGGUGAACAGACAUCGAAAAGGAGAAAAGGGGAAGGCGAGGGACAAUCAAAGACGAAGAUGGCAUCAUCUGCAAGAGAGCACAACAAGUGUAUCCCAAUGAAGAAAAGAUGA